AUGGCGAUAACGAGGAUAUCAUCAUCCUGCACCUGAAGCUAGGCCCGUCUGGGAGGAGCAAGGCUACUACAAUCGCUCCACUCCACUCCACUCCAGCUGAAGCACGCAGAGGAAAAACAUUCAAAAGGAUUGACCAAAAACGGUGCUACGAUAGUGCUCAUGACUUCUAUAUUCAAAGCUGUGGUUACCCCUCCCGGAUAUGGACAAAUGACAGGCUAUGAGGAUGGAAGACCUGAGGUUGGAAGCUAUGGAUCUGUUGUAUCCAGGAGAGAAUGGGAGCACUCACGCUCACGGGACAAGCAUCGAUCUUUCUAUCAGACCGAAUGUGGAGGCGAGGAUCAUGAACCGGCGUUCUGGUCGAGUUCUAGAAUUUUGGGCAACGUGAGGUUGAAAGGACAAUUAUGGCAGGAAAUCAGCGGAGCUCUAGGAGACGCAGGAGGAUUUGUGCCUGCGGUCCUCGCGUUGGCACUCGUCAACGGACUCGACCUCGGAACAAUUUUCGUUUUCACUGGAAUAUUCAACGUGGUGACAGGUUUCGUCUUUGGAAUUCCGAUGGCAGUCCAACCCAUGAGUGCCAUAGUCGCAGUGGCCAUAUCUCCAAAUCAUCUCACCGUACCCCAAAUCAUGGCUGCGGGUAUAAGCACAGGCGUAGUGCUAGCAUUGUUGGGAAUCACAAAAUUGAUGAAUUUCUUCUAUCGCCUCAUCCCUAUACCCGUGCUGCGGGGAGUAAUGCUCUAUCAGGGCCUGACGGUCGGAUUUCAGGCCGUGCAAUUCAUUCUGGAAAUACAGGACGUCACGACCAUGCAAUCUCUAGGUAGAAGACACUGGCUCGGAGUGAACGGACUCCUCCUGCCUAUCUUGAUGAUAUUUUUUCUCUUCGUGGUGUCUGGAGUGGGAACGUCGGCAUCAGGAGAGGAGGCCGCACAAGGAAUUGGGAGCGGGACGAAUUUAGAAAUCGAGGACCCGCUGAAUGGACAACCCAGCACCAGAGGCAAAGCAGCAAAUGAAGAGAACUCCAGAAACACAGUCAUGAACGUUCCCACUGCUCUGAUCAUCCUCCUCAUUGCGCUCUCCCUGGCCAUAGCUCGCGACCCCCAACUUUUGCACAAUCUGCAGCUGGGGCCAUCACCAUUCACUCUCAUCAAAAUCUCUCGCGCGGACUGGCAGAUUGGAUUUCUCCAAGCCGCCGUACAUCAAAUCCCUGUCUCGAUUCUGACCUCCGCCUUCUCCCUGAGCAAGCUCUCCAGUGACCUGUUCCCAGCCGCGCAGGCAACCACUCCGAACGCCGUGAGCAUCAGUAUGGGGGCCAUGAAUGUGCUAGGCUGCAGUUUUGGCGCCGUGCCGGUCUGUCAUGGAGUGAGUGGGCUCGCAGGGCAGUAUCGAUUCGGGGCCAGGUCUGGACUGUCGACGGUCAUUCUGGGAACGGCGACGCUCGCGCUGGGGCUCCUUCUCGGCAGCUCUUUCAAGGAAAUACUGACCCAAUUUCCAGUAUCUCUGUUGGGAGUACUGCUCCUCGCAUCGGGACUAGAGUUGGCCGUAGUAUGCCGAGAUCAGACCUCGCACCGCGACGCUUUGGUGAUGGUGGCGGUCGCGGUGGUCUCGAUCGGAACCUCCGGGGCCUUCAAAGCACUCGUCGGUUUCGUCUCGGGCCUCGUUCUCUACCUCAUUCUCAUGCUCCACGAUUGGGUGGCACACAGAACCUGAGCGUGCAUCUUUCCUUAUUUUGUCGCCCUCCUGCUCGCUCCAUCGCUGCGAAGGGAUUGUACAUUGGAGCUUCUCUCGUCUCGUUCGCAGCGAGGCAGGCAAGGCAGAGGAAGUCAAUUAUGAUAUUUCAAGAACGGAAUUGGAUGCCGAUGACGUUUUUUGCCGACGAGCUGGAGGACGACGAGGGCUCGUGCGUGCUUCGGUGGAGAAGACGGUGAAGGUCGUAGAAAUUACUCAACGGACAUACUCUGGACAGAUAGACGAAAGCCCUAAACGUCGAGAGAGAGAGAUAUGUCUCCAUGGGCUCCGCGAGAAGAGGCACGCUGCUGCGCAAUUCGCACAAUGUAAGCGCCGACCGCAAACGUCAUGUUGCCAAAUUUUGGUCACAUUUUCCCAAGUUGACUCCCGCCAUGAAAUCACAUCAUGAGGAUCGACUGAUUCCCGCACCAUGGACUCACUUUCCAACGAGGAGUAUAGAAUUGGUGGCCGUAAUGACCAAUUGGACAAUCCCCACCAAUUUUUUGUGUCCCUCAAUGAUCAAUAAAAACCACCCAGUUAGAAAAAGUC